AUGAAAGUAUUGGACUCUGCAAGAUUCGGAUUUGUCUUUGCUGCCAUCUUACUCAUUAGCAAUGUGCAAGCUGCUUGUCAAGGUGACAUUGUUGUAGUUACACAGCAAGAUAUGGACCAGAUGCGUAACUGCAAGACAUAUGGUGGCAACAUUUUGGUCGACAACUCGGGCGUUCCUGAACUCAAGAUGAAUGGUGUUGAACUUUUGGAAGGCGACUUGAUCAUCUCUAACAACAAUGGUCUUCAAAAGUUGGCUUUCCCCAAGUUGCAAGGCAUCAAUGGCCAACUUAAACUUGUCAACAACAAGCUAUUGAGCACAAUCGACAUGAAGCAACUCUAUGCCAUUCGUAGCCUCGAAGUGUCUGUUCAUCCUGCUCUCAAUGACCUCAAGUUUCCCGCUGGCUUAUCUCAAGCGGAAAAGAUUAUCAUUGCUGAUACUACCAUUACCAAGGUUGAAGGCUUCAAGAUGACCUCGGUCAAGGAUGUCGAGAUUUCCAACAACAUCUAUCUUAAAAGCUUGUCUUUUGGCAACAUGACUAACCUUGGAAACAUUCUUGUCUCUGCUAAUUCACCUUCUUUGCGUUUGGAUUUGAGCCAAAUCGACGGUGUUCGUGAAGCUACUUUCCGUAAUGUAGCUCAAAUCUCUUUGGACAACCUCAAGAAAGUACUUGGUGAUAUAUCCUUCAUCUCCAACUCGUUUGAAAGCUUGGAAAUGCCUGCUGCAACUGACAUCUCUGGUACCUUGACAUUGACUGACAAUAUCAACCUCAGUAACUUGUCUAUGCCUCAAUUGGCUCACUUGGGUGGUGCUCUCUCGGUUGGAGGAAACACCAAGCUUACCAAUGUCAAUGCAUUCCCUAACCUCCAACAAGUUGAUGGUACUCUUGAUAUCACGGGUGGCUUUGAUGAGGUCCAAUUCCCUGCUUUGAGUGAUGUCCGUGGUGGCCUCAAUGUGCAAACAUCUAGCAACUUUUUCUCUUGUGAUUCUAUGAAUAAGCUCAAGAAUGGAGUCAUCAAGGGCAACUCCUUUAUUUGUAAGGCUGCUGUUGCCAAGCCAAAAUCUAACAUCAAAGGAAAGGGCGGUGCAGGCGGCUCCGAUUUCAUUGAAAAUGCAGGCAAUACUUUGUCUUAUGGCUACUUGACCAUUGUUGGUGCUACUUUGGCUUACUUGAUUAAUGCUGUUUGA